AUGGCAGCAAAGUUCAAGGCACAGGACAUCAUCGACAACAAUGCAGUUGCUGUCUUCUCCAAGUCCUACUGCCCGUACUGCAAGUCGACCAAGUCGCUCCUGAGCGAGCUCGGCGUGAAGCCAUACAUCAUCGAGCUGGACCAAGUCGACGACGGUGCCGCCAUCCAGGACGCCCUCCAGGAGAUCACCAACCAGCGCUCCGUACCAAACAUCUUCAUCGACCACAAGCACAUUGGCGGCAACUCCGAGCUGCAAGCAAAGAAGAGCCAGCUGCCAGACCUGUUGAAGAACGCAGGCGCAGUCUAG